AUGGAAUAUAUUUCGUUCCAUGGUGUUAAUGUUCUCAUUUAUUUCCAGCCCGGACCUCCUACAACGUAUGAAGUUUCAGCACCAGUGCCUUCUCAGCUAGCUUACUCAGAGCACAGACUAUCGGUUCCAUCGCCGAAUUCGCUGCAAUACAGUUCAAAGCCACAACCUAUUACAAAGCCAAUUAUAACCAAUUACGAACAGCCCCAAGGAUUUGUUCAGCCAUCUUACGAACAUAACUUUCUUCAAUUACAACCCAGCUACCAACAAUCACCUAUUAACGGUCAUCUUCAAAGCGCUUAUCAACCAAUUCAGUAUCAACCUCAAGCUUAUAACCAACAACAAUUGCAAUAUACACAAGAACAACAACUACAACAACCCGGUAUUGCGUAUACUCGUCAAGAACUGCCAAUUCAAUACCAAAAACAACCAGAUCAGGGUGACUUAAAAAGUCAACCGGAUGCACAGAUUAUUGAAAAGCAACAAAUAAUCCAACAGAAUUACAACGAUAAACAACAAAAUGCCCUGAGCUACGCAAGGUUUACCUUCAAUCAAGCUAUUCCUUCUCAAGAACAACCUCAUCCACAAGGAUCCGUAUCACCUUCUCCGCAACCAGUAUCACAACCAGAAACGCAUCAACAACUGGUUCAAUCACAGCCACAACAGUAUUCAGUCCAAUCGCAGCCAAUAGCACAAAUAAACUAUCAGCUUCAACAUCCUUCUCAAUAUGUGCCACAAAUACAAUAUAAAGCACAACAACAAAUUCAACAACCUAAACUUCAACAAAUCCAGCAGCAACAAGUCCAAUAUCAAGCACAUCAAGCAGCCCAGCAACCCCAAUUACAAUAUCAGGGACAUCAGCAACUCCAGCAACCAUUACAAUAUCAACAACCUCAAAUUCAAUACCAGGAACCACAGCCGCAACCGCAUUUCGUCUAUCAACAACAACAGUUACAACCUUUACCUGAUCUACAUCUCCAAGCACAACAGCAAUAUCAAGUCCAACCGCAACAGUACCACCUACCACAAAUUCAGCCUCAACUGUUUAACGCGGAAAAAUCCGAGCAAGUACUAUCAAAGCAAUCGGUACCUCAAAGACAAGUGUUUUACAAGCAACCAUUUCAACAGCAAUUAAUUCAACAUCAACCACAAGAUUUAGGUUACAAAAAUCUCCCCGUCUUCCCGACGUUCCCUCCCGUUCAAUAUUUUGGCAAAUUCGCUCAAUCAAUCUUCGGUAAUUACCAGCAUUAA